AUGAAACAAGAGAUUCCGCGAAACCCAACUUUUCUUCGUAUAUUCUACCACAAAGUUGCUCUUCCACUUUUCACCCAUUUAUUUUCCACCUGUACCCUCCGGCCAGACACGCCAAGAGCCCAGCCUCGGAACCGGGCGUUCGGGAAGCUGAAGAGCGUUCUUUAUCCCAGUCUGAGGUCGCAAAUGCUACCGGUGAACAUCCACAUGCACAGUCGUCUGGGCUGGCACAAGGCACACGAGCAUAAAUCACAUUUGCAAUCACGCCGAUUCUCGCUGGUACAGGCAGCCAUGCUCGAAGACACUGACCGCCGGUUUCAAUUGCCUACUCGUCUGACCCCAUUGACCGGCGGGUUGCCCAAAUGCCAUGUGAAUCGGCCAAGCAAGUCCGAUCGCGGUAUCCGUCAUUGCAACCGACCGGAAAUGAGUAUGACGGAUUUCUCGCCGCCCAGUUCAUCCCGACCAUUUUUGCGUGAAUGUGUUUCUGCGAAGAAAAGUUGA